UAAGCGAUCCGUUGGUCACACACAACUAAAGCAUUCAAAUUCUCUGGAACAUCUUUUCCAUAAACAACUGAAACUUAAGCUUCUUUUCUCAUCAAAAAUAGAAAAUGGGUGUUCGCUUGCCUGGUGUCCUUGCUAAGCAAAUUUUCCGCCAGUCUGCAUUUGUAGCUAGUAAAGCAUCCUCAGCUUCUUUGGAUGUCCCAAAAGGAUACACAGCAGUUUAUGUUGGUGAAGGCCGAAAGAAGAGAUUUCUGGUGCCUGUAUCCUACUUGAAUCACCCUUCAUUCCAAGGUUUGCUUAGCAUGGCUGAAGAGGAGUUCGGUUUCGACCAUCCUAUGGGUGGUUUGACAAUUCCCUGCAGAGAAGAUAUUUUCCAUAAUGUCAUUUCCAACUUGAGUAGAUGAUGAGAGAAGCACUCAAAUUAACACCAAAAGGAAAUUUUGUAAAGCAGGAAAUUGCCAAUUCCAUGUAAAUAUGUAUUGUUACUGAAUCAAACAAUUUUGCCUGAUGAGAAAAAUUAUCUUAUAUAAAUUCUUGUUGUGUA